UCCUCUAAUCCACAAUCAACUCAUCACUGACUCCAACCAAGAAGACUCACUUUAAAAGAAGCUGAUCAUUAACCAGACGACUUUUCAUGGAAACUGAUCAUCAGACAAGUAAAAUGUUUUGCAUAACACAAUCAAAGAAGACCUUAGGGCUGGGAACACCUGAACCUUCUACAAAGAAGAAGAAGAAGAAUAAGAAUAAGAAUGGUGCUCCAAAGCUGUGCAGUGGUAAUGCAGGGCCACCACCGAAAUUUGCCAGGCCUUCCACGUUAUAUGAUUUCAUUGCAGCAACUGAACCCGAACUCUGUUAUAAAGACCCGAAGGAGAAGUUGUAUGAAGAGAAGAAGAAAAAGCAUGAGUUGAUGAUGACUGCACCUUCAUGGAGGCAGACGCCGGACAAUGAACAGGAGGUCAGCACAGUGAAGAUGGCCGCUGAACCGCCUGUUAAACCUGGUCAGGUCAAACUCAGCACACCAACACCAUCUGCUGAACCACCUGUGAGUCCUCCUCAGGUGGAGGACAGCACAGUGAAGAUGGACGCUGAACAGCCUGUUAAACCUCCCAAGAUAUUGAUAGUGAUCACUAAACAGCCUCCAAAGGAGUUGGUGGAAAUAAGAGAAGAGCGAGCACACCUGACACAGGAGCUGGAAGCUCUGAAAAUUAAUUUCAAGAAGGAGCUGGCAGCUAUCCCGGAAAAUCGUGACAAAGAGCUGCAAGCCAAGGAGGCAAGGUAUUUAGCAAAGGUGAAAAACCUGAAGGCCAACACUGAAAAAAAGCUGAAAGAGCAAGAUGCACAAUUUCAGCAACAACUGGAACUUCACACCAGUAAUGCCAAAAAAGGGCUGGAAGCACUGAGGGAAGAUCACAGCAAAGCACUCCAAGCAAAGGCUGCAUGCUUCCAAAAGGAGCUCCAAGAUCACAAGACCAACACUUUAAAAGAGCUGAAAGAACAAGAAGCCCAGUACCAACAAAGGCAAGAAGCUCAGAGCAGUGCAGCCAGAAAAGACCUUGACUCACUGACGGAAGAGCACAACAAAGACAUCAGAGCACAGGAGGUUAACUUCCAAAAGGAGCUUGAAGCUUGGAAGACCAACGUCGGAAAAGAGCAGAAAGAUCAAGAAGCUCAAUUCCGGCGAAUGUUGAAAGAACAGAAAAGCGAUGCCAAAAAAGCCCUGGAAGCACUGAGGGAAGAGCACCAGAAAUAUCUCAAAGCAAAGCAGGCAACCUUCCAAAAAGAGCUGGAGGUUCAGAAGACCACUGCUGCAAAAAUGCUUAAGGAUCAAGAUGCUCAAUUCCACCAAAUGAAGGAAGCUCAGAGCAGGAAUGCUAAAAAACAGCUGGAAGCAUUGAGGGAAGAGCACAACAAAGAGAUGAGAGAAAAGGAAGCAAACUUCCAACAGCAGAUGGAGGCUCAGAAGACCGAAGCCCAAAACAAACUUAACGAACAAGAAGCAAAAUUCAGAAAACAGCUGGAAGACCAGGAAGCCAGCUUUGACAAAAAGAUGGAAUCCAAGACGAACCGCUCAUGGGUUUAUAUUGUUGGAGGUGCAUGUGCUCUUAUUGGUUUUGUUACAGCAAAAGUACUGACAAACUAAUCAAACAUUCUGAGAAAGAACUGGACAUCUGGACAAGGAACAAUGAAAUAAAAUGAAAUCAUGUAUACAAAACAGUGUGUGAAAUGUUUUUGCAAUAAUCAGCAUAUGCUUGUUGUUUUGACUCUUAGCUUGUUGUUUUGACUCUUAGCUUUUUGCUGUCAUUCUCAUUCCACUUUUUUGGAGUUCUUAAAAAUUUAGACAAACUACACUGCAUGCACUGCAUUCAGCAAGUUGUACUCCUUUACUCAGACAAUCACGUACAGCCUUGUCGACUUCCUGUGAUGUGUUCACAACAGCACUAAAUGUCGCUGCGUCCUUCCCAAGUGCAGGACCAACAGACAGAAAAACUCCUUUGUCCCUCAGACCAUCAGACUGUCCAACUCCUCACUCAGGGGGAGGAGGAGUAACAGGAAGACAGAGGACGGGAAGG